GACACACAGACCGACAAGGACGCUCCAGAGCCGCGAGCUGGGGACGGCGGUUCCAGAGAUGCGCGCGAGCCCCUUUGAUGUGCCUCUCCGUUAAACCUUCACAUUCACCUGGAAGACUGUGUAACCCGGACACGAAGAUUUGGAGAAUAACUUUUUUGAGACAAAUCUCAGAAUAACUGGAAUAACAAACACAACAACUAUUGUGGAAAAAAAGGAGUUCCCCUUCGUCAAUUAAGGAGCAGCGGAGGACGUUUCAUUUGGGAACAAUGUAAGAAAAUAGCUGUCGGUAAAUACAUUCGGGAUUUUCUGGACCUAUUUUACGCACUGGGAGCACAGUCGGAACUAAAGGACAUUCACAACUCCUCUCUGAGUUUUUCCUGCUUCUUUAUCCCAAUCAUUUUGCCCAGUAUAAGACGACAUUUACGUUUAUAACAAUGCGUUUUGUGGACUUAUCCUAGGACUUAUCCCCAGGCUUUUUUGGAAUUGUGAAUGCCCCGUGAACGCACCGAUCUUUGACCACUGACAGUAUGCAUCAAAGGGACCGCUAACUUACCCUACUCAAGGUUCUUGUGAAUCUCGGGGUCGACUGAUGCAGCCAUGGGCCGAUUGCUGGAUCUUUGAGAGCAACCUUCCUCCCCCUUGUCCUCCACCACAUCCUUUUCCUCUACCCCCUGCUCCUCUUAUUCCUUUGCCCUACACAGCUGGAGGUAGAGUCCUGCGAAGCCAGAAACCAGUCAUCAACCUACGAUUCCUUCUCCUUGCCUCCACCUGCAAACCAUGACAAGCAUUGUUUCUCGGAUUCCUGGCCAGUCGAGGUGGCCUCUCCCAGUGCUACUCUUGUAUUUUGUCCCUCUGCUUCUGAUGGAGGAUUGCCAUGCAGCACCCUCAGGCCCAGAAUCGGACUCCUGCUCCACCUUAGUCCAAAGCCGCUUCUUUGGCUUUUUCCUGUCAUCGUCAGUGUUCCCCGCCAUUCCUUGUUCCUGGACCUUGCAGAACCCAGACCCGCGGCGCUACACCAUCUUCAUCAAGGUGACCAAACCUACCGAGGACUGCGUGCCAUCACAGCUCCGCACCUUCCAGUAUGACUCCUUCCUGGAGACCACACGCACCUACCUGGGCAUGGAGAGCUUUGACGAGGUGGUGAGGCUGUGCGAUAGCUCUGCCCCAGUGGCCUUCCUGGAGGCCGGAAAGCAGUUCCUCCAAAUGAGGAAGGGACCGCCUCGGGCGGGGAUGGCCAUCACAGAUGGCGAUGCGGAUUUCAAAACAGAGUACCUGGUGGUGGGGAAGCGCAACCCCAGCAUGGCGGCCUGUCAGAUGCUCUGCCAGUGGCUGGAGGACUGUCUGGCCUCCAGCACGUCUAACAGGCCCUGCGGCAUCAUGCAGACUCCUUGUUUGUGCUGGGAGCCGCCGCCGCUGCCGCCGCAGCUCAGUGAAGGGGAGAACUGUUAUCACAAUGGAGUUUACCUGGAAAACUGUUUACCCAGUGUGAAAGAGAGUAGAAGAAAUGCUGAGAUAAAUGGUGGCUGGAGUGUGUGGGGUCAGUGGGCACAGUGCAGCAGUGAGUGCGGAGGCGGGGUUCAAACCCGGACUCGGACCUGUCGGUCACCUCCGGAGGAGUCGUACCUGUGUGAGGGUGUGGUGGAGGAGGGCCGGCCAUGUAACUCACAGACCUGCACCGGCAAAGGUCGCCAUCUCUCUCGCAGCCAAUCGCUUCGCUCGGUGGACAGCCGCAAGCGUGAUGACGUAGACAAGCCCCGCAGUGGACAGCAGAGCCCUCAGACAGACUCAGCUUCAGGUGAGGAGUGGUCAGCGUGGAGUGUGUGUUCUGCCACGUGUGGGGAGGGCUGGCAGAGUCGCACUCGUUUCUGUGUGUCCUCCUCCUACAGCACCCAGUGUAGUGGGCCACUGCGCGAGCAGAGACCUUGCAACAACUCUGCUAUUUGUCCAGUGCACGGCGCUUGGGACGAGUGGUCGCCGUGGAGUUUGUGUUCGUCGACCUGUGGCCGAGGUUACAGGUCCAGAACGCGAACCUGCACCCCCCCACAGUUUGGGGGAGAUGCCUGUGAUGGCCCAGAGAAACAGACCAAAUUCUGCAACAUAGCUGUCUGUCCAGUGGAUGGAGUGUGGAACGAGUGGUCCAACUGGAGCUCCUGUUCCGCCUCCUGCUCUAAUGGGACCAUGCAGAGAACCAGGGAGUGUAACGGCCCCUCGUACGGAGGCUCCGAGUGCAGAGGAGAAUGGCUGGAGACUGUUGACUGCUUCCUUGGGGAAUGCCCAGUGGAUGGCAAGUGGGAGCCGUGGACUUUGUGGUCGGGCUGUUCCAAAACUUGUGGAGGGGGGAGCCAGCAGAGAAAAAGGAAUUGUUAUGGGCCCUUUUUUGGAGGGAAGCCUUGUCCUGCGGAACCAGAAGAGGUCCGGCGCUGUAAUGAAAAAAAAUGCCCAGAACCUCACGAAAUAUGUGGCGAGGACAACUUCUCCAAUGUUGUAUGGAAGAUGACUCCAGCUGGGGAUACAGCAGCAGUACGCUGCCCUCCCAACGCCAUGGGGCUUAUCCUGCGACGCUGUACCCUGGACGAAGAGGGCAUUGCCUACUGGGAGAACCCCACCUAUAUGAAAUGCAUUUCCAAUGACUAUCGAAGUAUACAAACUUUGACUCGGGAACACUUGUCCAAAGCCCAGCGUGGCCUUGUGGGAGAUGGAGUUUCCGAGGUAAUGACCAAGCUGAGGGUGACAUCCAGCGAUGGGACCAGCUACAGUGGUGAUCUGCUGGCCAUGGUGGACGUGCUGAAGAACAUGACAGAGAUCUUCCGGAGGGCAUACUACAGUCCCAGCAGUGCAGACAUGAGGAAUUUUGUGCAGUCAGUCAGCAAUCUGUUGAUGGAAGAGAACAGGGAGAGAUGGGAGGAAGCACAACUGCUGGGGCCAAACAUCAAAGAGCUGUUCCGUCUGGUGGAGGACUUUGUUGAUGUCAUUGGCCUGAGGAUGAAAGACUUCCAAGACAUGUAUGAAGUCACCGAUAACCUAGUUUUGAGUGUCCAUAAGCGUCCAGUGGCGGGUCAUGCAGACAUUGGCUUCCCUAUGAAGGGCUGGAGGGGCAUGGCGGACUGGGCCCGCAGCUCUGAGGACAGAGUCACCAUCCCCAAGAACAUCCUGUCUACUGGCAAGCCAGAUGCAGACGAGUCCUCGACGUUUGUGACCGGCAUCGUUUUGUACAGAAACCUGGGCAGCAUUCUGAAUCUGCAGAGAAACAGCACAGUCCUCAACUCCAAGGUUUUGUCAGUGACCAUCAAGCCCACCCCUGCUUCCCUCUCUGCUCCAGUUGUAGUUGAGUUCUCCCACCUGUACAACAGCACUACCAACCAGACCUGUAUAUCCUGGGACGAGAGCGACAGACCUUCCUCCACAGCGCCGCCUCUGCUGGGAUCCUGGUCUGCCAGGGGCUGCAAAGCCGUGCUAGUCGACUCAUUCCGAACCAAAUGCGUGUGUGACAGACUGUCCACCUUCGCCAUUUUAGCACGGCUCAAUCCCGAAAUGAACAUGGAUAAGACACAGCUUCCGUCCGUGACGCUGAUUGUCGGCUGUGGAGUGUCUUCACUGACAUUGUUGCUGCUCAUCAUCAUCUAUGUGUCUGUCUGGAGGUACAUUCGGUCUGAGCGCUCAGUCAUCCUCAUUAACUUUUGCCUCUCCAUCAUCUCCUCCAAUGCCCUUAUUCUCAUUGGACAGACGCAGACACGGAAUAAGGUCUUUUGCACCCUAAUUGCUGCAUUUCUUCAUUUCUUCUUCCUGUCCUCGUUCUGCUGGGUUCUGACAGAGGCGUGGCAGUCCUACAUGGCAGUGACGGGCCGCCUCAGGAAUCGCAUCAUACGCAAGCGUUUCCUGUGUCUCGGCUGGGGUCUCCCUGCACUGGUAGUUGCAAUCUCAGUGGGAUUCACCAAGGCAAAGGGAUAUGGAACACCAAGCUACUGCUGGCUGUCUCUGGAAGGAGGUCUUCUCUAUGCAUUUGUUGGACCUGCUGCAGCUGUUGUCUUGGUUAACAUGGUUAUUGGGAUUCUCGUUUUUAACAAACUGGUGUCCAAAGACGGCAUUACUGAUAUGAAACUAAAGGAGAGGGCGGGGGCAUCACUGUGGAGCUCCUGUGUGGUUUUGCCCCUUCUGGCCCUCACAUGGAUGUCAGCUGUCCUCGCCAUCACAGACCGGCGUUCUGCGCUCUUCCAGAUCCUCUUUGCUGUAUUUGAUUCCCUGGAAGGCUUCGUUAUUGUCAUGGUACACUGCAUCCUGCGCAGAGAGGUUCAGGAGGCAGUGAAGUGCCGUGUGGUUGACCGCCAGGAGGACGCUAAUGGAGAUUCAGGAGGAUCUUUCCAGAAUGGCCAUGCUCAGCUCAUGACUGACUUUGAGAAAGACGUGGAUAUGGCUUGCAGAUCAGGCACUAUGAAGCGCUCAUCUCUCCAGGGGGAGGAGAAAGCCUCCACUGGGACCCUCACUCUUCAGAAGGGUUCCAACUUCAACACCAUGCCGGCCAGCAUGGCCAAAGUUCACCUGCAGAACGUGGCAGACUACACCAGCCACACUCUGACCCUGCGCAGGGAGAAGGGUCCCUCCAAGGGAAUCAGCACAGAGCUGCCAGGCGCCAAAUCCAUCUACAUCUGCGACGGCGAGCUCUUCAAGCAGCUGGACGGAGAGCUGCCUCGAGGAAACGGCGAGGGGAGCAGCUCUGAGUGCCCAGGCAAAGGCCCGGGGUACGUCAUCCUGCCGAGCAACAACACGGGCACCCUGAAGCUGGCCAAGGGGAAAGAGGACCAGGCAGCCAAGUACAACAUGGGCAUUGAGCAGCUGCCUCAAACCAGGCUCAUUCACCUGGCUAACCCUGCCAGCGGAGAGCCGGUGCCUGGCUUUGGGCUGAAGAGCCUUCCCGCCGACCAGAUCAGUGUUUCGUGCUCUGACAGAGACUCGCCUGUACACAAUCUGCCGAAUAUGCCCAGAGACUCCCAUGCGGCCAACAGCAUGUGCGACGGGGGAGAUUCCGGAAACUCUGGUGUGAUGUCUAAGAGUGAGACUGUCUCCACGCUGUCCAUGAGCUCACUGGAGAGACGAAAAUCACGCUAUGCAGAGCUUGACUUUGAGAAGAUUAUGCACACCCGGAAACGCCACCAGGACAUGUUUCAGGACCUGAACAGGAAGAUUCACAGUGCAGACAAGGAUAGAGAAUCCCCACCUGUUGACGCCAAAGCUGCCAAAAGAUGGAGUGUGUCCUCUGCCAGCAGCGACAAGACCAACAUGAGUGACAAGCAGCAGACCCCGAGUAAGAGGGUGUGGGAGGGCAUCAGGAAGACCCACUCCCCCCCAUCCUGGGUGAGGAAGGACCUGGAGACAGUGGCGGCCUCCCCUCUGGAGCUGCAGACGGUGGAGUGGGAGAAGACCAGCGCCACCAUCCCUCUGGUGGGCCAGGAGAUCAUGGACCUUCAGACGGAGGUGUGACCAAGAUUCCGGGCCUCACACCCACAACUUCCUUUUCUUCCCCGAAGAUCUCAAACAAACAAGCAGACACACCACAACACACUGCCCUGCUCUGUAUUUCUACUCAAAGGCUGGACCGAGCCCAGUGCGAGAACUUGAGGGGGAAGGAGGGCGAGGCGGAGAGAGAGAAGCGUCACAAUGUCCGAAAAUUCAUUAAACCGAUAAAAAGAGAGAACAGGAAAAUAGCGUCUCUUUCUAUUGUUUCAUUUUAACGUUUGGACGGUGUUUUUGUCUGCAAAUACUGGUCAUCUUCUUGUAUAUGGUCUCAGAUACAACAGUGGCUCACAUGGUAGACAGAUUCAGCCACUAUAUGUGCAUUAUAUAGCCGUGUUAUGAACCACAAAGCAAAAGGUAACCAUGCUAUGUUUACCCCUGUAUUAAAUGAGUACAAUGUGA